AUGUGUCCCGCACGUAUUUCUAUGGACUCUGACAACAAUUUGAUAAUGGCGGCUGUCAGGGGCCAGUAUGACAUCUCUCCUGAGGAUGAAACUAUUGUCGUAGAACCCACCUCCGAACUAGAAUCACCAGAAAAAGAAAAAUGCGGCCCUGGUCGCCCUCCCAAGCCCAAGGAAGCACCACAUAAUGUCUCGAUCUCGUAUACUCUCAUAAUGUUCUCCUACUCGGAAAUGAAGAAACCAAAAGCAAGGAGAAGCGGAGAACCUGCCAUCAUCAAGUUUUUGAAUGACAAGCCUUUCGAUACCCUCAAAGCCCAAAUACUCAAAUGCAUCUCGGAAGCACUGAAACCGAAGAAACUUGCCUAUUACAAUUAUAAAGUAACAUUCACAGUCGCAUGGCACCAAACAUUACCAUUAUCCUUGAAGAAACAGUCGGAAUUCUAUCACCUUCUUGAAUGUUUGUCAAAAAUGAAGGCUCCUGCAGCAAAGAUUCUCGUUGAGGCCUCAAAAAAACCUGAUCCACCAACAACCAGCGAGGACAGUGAUACGAGCCAGGGAAGCAAUAGCGACAGUGAUUGGAAGAAGAAGAAGAUGAAGAAAAAGGACCCUAGUGAACUCCCACUCAACGUCGAGCUAGAGUCACCUCUCCACAGGCUCAUACCAUGGUAUAUAUACAUCAACUUCACACCUAUCCACAGUAUACCUAUUGGUCAAGCUAAGCCUAAGGCUAGUUUGACCCUAAAGGGGCCUGCUGUCUGA